GUGUUGGAAGCAAAGAUGGGACACCGAGGUAGGCUACAGAGGAAGCACUCUUCAAGACCAUGAUAAAGGAAGCAGACACUUGAAACUGCCGAGAGAGGAACAUUUUGACAUUUUGUUAAAUAACGCUCUCAUAGUCUCUAGUAGUUUGAACGCAUCCGGAUUCAUCAGUCCGCUGAUGAUGAGGAGGAGGAUGGUCAAGAGAGAAUGACAGCUCCUGUGAUUACAUCGGUAACUCCAUCUUGGCUCAACGUCACCCAACAACCUAACAUGACUUGUGAGGAAAGUGAAGAUUUCAAAUAUUUGGCGUACAAAGUCACAUACUGUGUCGUCUUCCCUAUUGGAUUUAUCAGCAACUCUGUGGCUUUGUUUGUGUUCCUGCGUCUCACUCCUAAGAAGACGGCCAACACUGUAUUUAUGACUAACAUGGCUAUUUCAGAUGUCGGCUUCUCCUUGACAUUGCCCUUCCGUCUGGUCUACUAUUUUAGGGGUGGUCAGUGGGACUUUCCUGACUGGUUUUGUCGCUUGUGUGUAUUUUCUUUUUACGUCAACCUGUACACAAGUGUAUUGUUUCUUACAGGUCUCAGCGUGCUACGCUACAUCGCCGUAGUUCACCCCAUUCGCAACAAGUCCCUGGUUACGGUGCUGAGAGCCAGAAUAUCAUGCUUUGCGAUCUGGGUUUUUGUGGCCUGCUCGUCAAUACCAUUCCUCAUGACAGGAACUAUAGAGCGGCAUAACAAGACGCGUUGCUUUGAACCAGGGAACAACAAGUCAUGGAAUCUCAUACACAGCUUGAAUUUCGUGGGGGUUUCAUUUGGAUUCGUCAUUCCGUUCAUUAUAAUACUGGUCUGCUACGGAUGCAUCAUUUGCAAACUCAAAGGACGAAAAAUUGGUAACCGAAGAGGAAACACCCGCAGGCGAUCUGUGUAUUUGAUCGCAGUUGUCCUGAGCACAUUCCUGCUGUGUUUCCUACCAUAUCACGUCGCUCGCACGGUCCAUCUUUAUGCCAAGGUUUUAAAUCAGAGCUGCCCGGUCCUUGAGUUCCUGGUGAAAGUUCUGGUCAUCUCGUUGUGCUUGGCGACGUCCAACAGUUGCUUCAACCCCUUGUUGUACUACUUUGCUGGAGAGACUUUCCGCACGGCCAUCCGUAGAGUGUCAGAUCGAAGGAGUUUAGGUUCAUUCAGCAAUAGUGGUGUUUAUCCGUCUUUCCGACGUCGAAGCAGCUCGCAGAAGUCAAGGCGCCAAGGCUUCACUUUUGUACACCAAGACUGUCUGCCCUGCUCCUGCCAAGUCAUAAAUGAAAAUAAUUCUGAUGGGUGCAAGUCUGACAAGCAACGCAAACUGUCUGACCCUGAAGAAAAGCAAGCCUGUGAUGAUUUGCAGUAGUAAAAGAUAGUUGCACUUGAUGAAGAGGAAGAAAUCAAAGUGUAUAAAAUAGAUGUCUUUGUUGUCUUGAAAAAGUGAAACUACUGUCGGUUUUCCAUUUCCAUUUUUUUUUUUUUAAGUUCUCAACUGAAAGACUUAGAUGUAAAAGAUUCUGUGCUUUAGAUAAAAUGUGGGUGAAUCUUACACAACCUCAUUUAGAUUUGUGCAGAGAUUUAGAUUUUGGCAAAUGCUUUUCUCCCAAGAAAACCGCAUUCUGGACAUGUUCUUGCAAGAUUCAUCCGGGUACACACUUAAAAAUAAUGUGGGUUUACAGCAUUGCCAUUAAAUAACCAUUUGGGUUUCCCAAAAAACCUUUUAGUAAACCGUUCUUCAUAGAAUUUUUUUUUCUUGGUGUUUAGAACGUUUUAAUAAUAUUAAACUUUUAACACCAAAUGUUCUUCGUAGAACCAUAAAUGCCUGUGAUAGCAACCCAAGGGAUCGCAAUGAGAAUCACAGCACACUACAAUACCGAAAUUGGCUUCUGAGAUCGUUUAAUAAAAACAGGUUAAGUAAACAAAAUAGAAGACAUCUUAUAAGACUUUUCAGUUUCACACAGAGCUCAUUUUGCCAUUCUGUUGUGCUACUUUUCCAUUGUUUUUUAUUCUUUUUUUGUUGCUACUUUUACAUUGUUUUUCUAUCUAAACGUGCUGGACGGCCAUGUAAGAAACAGCAGACAUAUGUUUAAUAUUCAACAGCAAGUAGGAAAUGGAAAAAGUGUUUUUAGGAAAAGGAAAGAAGAAACAAUUAUUUCUUGCAUCCAAAUAUGGCAUACUAGAUUAAAUCACUCUCCGUUUAUUAUAGGAAAACAUGAAAAAGGUUAAUUUAUUUAUUGUAAUCAGACAGAAAUAAUAGAGCAUGUUUUAAUAGAAUGUCAAAAAUCUGAAAAGGAAAGGAUAAACCUCAUUAAGAAACAUGGUUGUUGAAUAAUUUAAUUUGGCAAGCCUUUUAAAAGAGCUUGCAGAACAAUGUAAAAUAUGGUGCUAUAGUAAAAUACAUUAGAGAAAUAGGAUUAAUCGGGAAAAACACUAAUAACAAACCUUCCUCAUCUCUCACAAGUUACACAACACCUCAAAUGUUGCUCCCUACCUUACAUGCAUAUUUUUCUUGUUCUUUUUUCAAUAGAAUUAACCCUUUCUUUAGAAUAAAUACCUAAAAUGAGGAUUAAAAGAGUUAACAAAUAAUUAAUAAAACAUUGUAGUUUUGCACGCUCACUCUGGUAAAACACAGAACUGUAUAAACACAAUAAAACAUGGUAAUAAAAGAAAGAACCUCUGUAUUUAGGAGUGCAUAUAUAGUUUUACUCAAGUUUAUUCAAGAAGAUAUGUUUUAUUGUUACUAGAGGACAUUAUUGUAAGACACAAAAAUCAUUGUUCCCUACAGGAAAUAAAAGUCACAAAU